GCGACGAUGUCCCACAAUGCAACGCGAGAAGACCAAGCCACUUCUUCUCUAUCAACACAUGUCGGCUAGUCUUUUUCUGCGCUAACAUUAGGAUAUUAUUAUUAAACACUCUUUCGUAUUGGCGUUGCUCUUGGUACUGAAACCAAAUGAAGGUCAAGGUCCUUUCAAGAAACCCGGAUGAUUAUGUCCGGGAAACUAAACACGAUAUUCAGCGAGUCCCCAGGAACUACGACCCCUCCCUUCAUCCGUUCGAGGUGAGCAGAGAAUACACUCGGGCUCUGAACGCCACCAAGUUGGAGCGCGUGUUUGCCAAGCCUUUUCUGGCCUCCCUGGACGGACACAGAGACGGGGUGAACUGUCUGGCCAAGCACCCCCAGAGUCUCUCCACCCUGCUCUCUGGCUCCUGCGACGGCGAGGUCAAAGUGUGGAAUCUUACCAAACAUGAGUGUGUCCGCACUCUCCAAGCGCAUGAAGGGUUUGUCCGGGGAAUGGUCGUCAGACACUGCGGUACUUCCUUCUUUACGAUCGGAGACGACAAAACCAUAAAACAUUGGAAAAUGGAAGCACCGGGCUACGGAGAGGAGGAGGAGCCUCUUAACACCAUCCUUGGGAAGGCCGUGUUCACAGGACUGGACCAUCACCAGAAGAACGCUGUGUUUGCAACAUGCGGCCACCAGGUGGACAUCUGGGACGAGCAGAGGAGCACCCCCAUCCGCUCCUUCACCUGGGGGGUCGACAGCUUCAGCUCCGUCCGUUUUAACCCUGUGGAGACAGAACUCCUUGGAAGCUGUGCCUCUGACAGAAGUAUAGUUUUAUAUGACAUGAGGGAAUCAACGCCUCUUAAAAAGGUGAUCAUGACAAUGAGGACCAACACGAUCAGCUGGAACCCAAUGGAAGCUUACUACUUCACUUGUGCAAAUGAAGACUACAACCUGUACACAUAUGACAUGAGGCAUCUAGAGAAUCCCGUCAAAGUGCACGUGGACCAUGUCUCUGCCGUGCUGGAUGUCGACUACUCUCCCACCGGACGGGAGUUCGUCUCCGCCAGCUUCGACAAGACCAUCCGCAUCUUCCCCAAAGACUCGGCAAACAGCAGAGAAGUCUACCACACCAAGCGCAUGCAGCACGUCAUCUGCGUGAAGUGGUCGGCGGACAACAAGUACGUCCUGAGCGGCUCGGACGAAAUGAACAUCCGACUGUGGAAGGCGAACGCAGCGGAGAAGCUGGGAGUGCUGUCUCCCAGAGAGAAGCAGGCCAUUCACUAUAGCCAGAAGCUGAAGGAGAAGUUCCAGCACCACCCACAGAUCAAGCGAAUCGCUCGCCACCGACACCUGCCCAAGGUCAUCUACCACCAGAAAAACGAGCUGAAGGUCAUGAAGGAGGCCCGCCGUCGAAAGGAGAGGAACGUCCGUAAGCACAGCAAACCAGGAAGCGUGCCUGUUGUGUCUGAGAAGGAGAAACAUGUUGUCAGUGUGGUGAAAUAGAUCCGGCUCGCGAGGCUGAAGGACUUCCUGUUUAGUGGUGAGGUGGAGACACCAAGGACUCGUACAUGGAAUCUAAAACUGCAAGGAUUCACAUGUGGAUGGAAAACAAGCGACAGUGACUGUACUGUAGAUACACAUGAGUCAGUCAGGUUGUUAUUACAGGCUCCAUGGUACAUGAGGUCCUCACUUUGGAGCCAUGGAAAAUGAAAGACUUCAGUGGAGUUGUUUAUAUUGGAAAUCAAAAAAAUAAUAAAGUUUAAAUAAAUCUGGUUCUAAGAUU